CUCUCUCGCUCUUUCUCUCUCUUUCUCACACAGUUUGUGUGACUUUGUGUCACUCUUUUCUUUUCUAUUUUUAUUUUCCUUUUUCUCCUUUCUUUUAUUAUUAUUAUUAUUUUUUUAUUUUUUUUAUUUUCUUGUGUUUCGUUCCUUCUCCCUGAGGGGGUCUCUGUUCUGGGCUCUGUUUUCUCGGUGGAGCUUAGGCAGAGAAAGAAAAAACAUGGGUUGCUUUUGUUGCCUUGGGGCAUCGAGGAAACAAUUGGUAACCGAAGAAGACUAUAGCGACACCCCGAACAACGCGAAACCCUCCAACUUCACUGCCCCAGAUAGCGUUAAGGUUGAUUUCAAAGUGAAUGGGAAUAAAGAAGAUGAUUCUAAAGGCGAUCAACUUGCUCUGGACGUGAAGAAUUUAAAUUUGAGAGAGGGGGUUUCUGAGGAUGGAAAAGAUAAUGGCAACCGGGCACAGACAUUCAGUUUUAACGAACUUGAAACUGCUACAGGAAACUUUAGGUUGGAUUGCUUUUUGGGUGAAGGAGGCUUUGGCAAGGUUUACAAGGGACACCUGGAUAGAAUAGACCAGGUUGUAGCUAUAAAGCAACUUGACCCUAAUGGACUUCAAGGGAUUCGGGAAUUUGUUGUUGAAGUGUUGACAUUGAGUUUGGCAGACCACCCUAAUCUUGUAAAGUUGAUUGGAUUUUGUGCUGAGGGAGAGCAGAGGCUAUUAGUUUAUGAGUACAUGCCAUUAGGAUCUCUGGAGAACCAUUUGCUUGAUCUUCGGCCUGGCGUAAAACCUCUUGAUUGGAACACAAGAAUGAAAAUAGCAGCUGGCGCAGCUAGGGGUUUGGAGUACUUGCAUGAUAAAAUGAAGCCUCCUGUAAUAUAUCGUGACUUGAAAUGCUCUAACAUUUUGUUAGGAGAGGGAUAUCAUCCUAAGUUGUCUGAUUUCGGCUUGGCAAAAGUAGGCCCAAGUGGUGAUAAGACCCAUGUUUCAACAAGGGUUAUGGGCACAUAUGGGUAUUGUGCCCCAGAUUAUGCAAUGACAGGUCAGUUGACAUUCAAGUCAGAUAUUUACAGUUUCGGGGUUGUUCUUUUGGAGCUCAUUACAGGCCGGAAAGCUAUUGACCAUACAAAACCUCCCAAAGAACAAAAUCUAGUUGCAUGGGCAAGACCCUUGUUCAGAGACAGGAAAAAAUUUUCCCAAAUGGUUGAUCCAUUACUUGAAGGGCAAUAUCCCAUGAGAGGCUUAUACCAAGCUCUGGCCAUUGCUGCUAUGUGUGUUCAAGAGCAACCUAAUAUGCGACCUGUUAUAGUUGAUGUGGUCACAGCUCUAAAUUACCUUGCUUCUCAGAAGUAUGAUCCCCUAAAUCAUUCAGCUCAAAGCUCUAGAAGAGGUUCACCUUCUCAGAUAUUGCAAAGGGAUGAUGAGAAUAAGGGGCAUAUUUUAAGCAUGGAGCAUGUGACAACAGACAGGUCUUAAAAUUAGGAAAAUAGAUUGUUUUUGGCUUUUCAUAUGAAAAUGGUACCUAGUUGCCAAAUUUUGUUUCAUAGGGAAGAUAACAGGUGCCUAAUCAAAUGUAAGUCUGUCACAAGGAAAUUUUUCUUCUAGUACCCUCAAUGUACAUGCCAGCUGCCUUUAAUGUAUUUAAGAUGCCUUUUCUGUAGGAGGAAAAUUUCAUUGUUUUGUGUUUUGCCAUUUCAUGGAAUUUAGCCUCAGAUUUAUAACAAAUGUCCAAUUUCGAAUU